UUUCUGGUGAGUGUUUGUUUGUCUUUUGACAUGACCGAAGUCACCGAACUAAAUUGAGUACAUACGGCUUGAGAGAGAGGAAGGCAAAUUGGGUAGAAAAGAUAGAACAUGACUAGUGAAUCAGAGAUCAGCUCCAGAGACACAAGAUGGAGUCUCAAGGGCAUGACUGCUCUGGUCACUGGUGGAACCCGGGGCAUAGGACUUGCCAUAGUAGAAGAACUAUCAGGAUUUGGAGCCACUAUACACACUUGUUCUCGCAACCAAGAACAACUCGACCAGCGUAUAAAAGAAUGGAAAAGUAAAGGUUUUAAAGUAAGUGGAUCGGUAUGUGAUCUUAUGUACUGGGACCAAAGACAGAAAUUAAUGGAAACUGUAUCUUCUAUCUUCCAAGGAAAGCUCAACAUUCUUGUAAAUAAUGCUGGUAUACUAAUGCUAAAAAGUGUCCCGGACAUUACAGCACAAGAAUUUUCGACGAUUAUGGGUACGAAUUUUGAGUCUUCUUUCCAUCUUAGCCAACUUGCAUACCCACUUCUGAAAGCAUCAGGAAAUGGAAGCAUUGUGUUUAAUUCUUCUGUUGCGGGUAUUGUGGCUUUGCCUUUUGCUACAAUCUAUGCAGCAUCUAAAGGAGCAAUGAAUCAGCUCACAAGGAACUUGGCGUGUGAGUGGGCAAAGGACAAAAUUCGUGUUAAUACUGUUGCUCCAUGGAUUGUCAUUACCGAAAAUUUUGAAGCUGCAAAAGAAGAUCCUAUAUUUUCGGAAAAUAUGAAAAAGUUUUUCGCCGGAACUCCAAUGGGCCGAGGGGGACAACCAAAGGAGAUUUCGUCAGUGGUAGCGUUUCUGUGCCUCCCUGCUGCUUCUUAUAUGACUGGCCAAGUUAUUUGCGUUGACGGAGGAUUUACUGUUAGUGGUUUCCCACCUAAUCAGUAGAAUUAUUAAGACUGAAGUGUUUUCAUCCUCUGUUUCUCUACUGUAACUUAUAUAAGUGCUUUUAAUGGUUAUCAUUUUCAAUAAGUAGACUUCAAUGAGUGUUGUUAUCUGUCAAUGAAAGAUAAUAAUGUGGUUGUUUA